AUGUUUAUCAUCCAAAUUAUUAUUAAUAAUAUAGAAAAGAUUACCUUUUAAUAAGAUGAUUAAAUUAGUGUUCAAGAAAUAAUUAACAAUAUAAUAAGAGAAUUUAAAUUUCCGAGAUAAUCGACAACUUUAAUAGAAAUUGAUUAAGUUAUUCGAGAUCCUACAUAUAUUGUUAAUUUUUAACCAAAUAGUCCAAUAAAAGCAAAUUUUAGCUAUGAGACAACAAUAACUUUCAUUGAUAAAUUUAAUAAUUCCUUUGAACAUCGAUGUGAUUUAUGCAAAUCAAUAUUUUAAAUUGAAUAAGAAAUAAUUAAAGAAAUACUACCACUAGAAUAUAGUCUAUAAAUUCUACAACCAAUUGAUGAAUAAAAUAUUAAUACACUCUAUAUAAAUUCAUACGAGAAGAUACCAUAACAAUUAGAAUUUACAAUUUAAGCGAAUUUUUAUAUUAAUUUUUAUGGGUUUCAUCAUUAAUUUAAUAUAAACCCUUUUAAUUUGAUUGAAUUGAUUAAAUAUGAAAUUCUAGAAUUUUACAACAUCUAAUAAGAAUUUUAACUCUAUUAUAAUGAAACAGAAUUGAAUAAUCAUUAAUAAUAUAUUACAUAUUUUAUUCCAAAUCAUUCAGAACUUAAGAUUAAAUUAUAAACUAGAAUCAAAUUAUUUAUUAAAUAUCAAAAUUAUGUUCAUCAAUAUUCAUGUUCAUUAGAUGAAAAAUUAGAAAAAUUUAAAUAGAAAUUGAGAUAAAUUUAUUAGAUUCCUGAAAAAUAUCUAUUGUAAUUAACAUAUAAGAAUAAUCUUUUGAAAAAUGAUCAAGAAUCUAUAUCUUAAUUGAAAAUAGAGGAAAAUUCUAUAAUUAUUAUGGAAAUUGGAAAUAAACAUUAAUUAACAUUAUAGGAUAAGUAUUCAUCUAAAUACUUUUAAUUUUAAGUUAGAUCAAUUGAUUUAGUAUCUAUAUUAGAUAAAUAAAAUCCAUUUAUAAAUUAAUAGGUUACCUAUUUUUUUCAAGGUUAAGAGUUAAUAAAAACAGAAACUUUUGAAUAACUUAAAGUAGAUACAGAAAAUUUAACUAUUUAUUAUAAAAUAGAAAAGCUUAUAAUCAAUGUAUAUUUUUAAGAUGAAAAUUAAAGAUAAAAAAAAAUGGGAGUAAUAAUAUCAGAUUAAAUUAAAUAUGCAUUAUAACAAUUAAAUUCAGCAAUUGAUUCCAUUACACUUUCUUAUUAAGGUAAAAAUAUAUCUAUUGAGAGUACAUAUGAAAAAGAAGGAAUUAUAAAUGACAGCAUUAUAUAUUACAAGAUUAAUGAUAAAUUAGAAAUCAGAUAUACUAUUUCCCCUAAUUUUCAAGAACAUUUUAUUUUAGUUCAAAAUAAUAUCACUGGAGCCUAAUUAUUAAAAAUUAUACCAUAAGUUUAUUUGAAUUAAGGAUAUAAAUAUAAAUUAAUGCUUAAUAAUUGUGAUUUCCCUUUAGAUUAAAAAGUUACUCAAAAUCAAUGUUUUAGAUUAGUUCGUACAUUUGAAAUCCAAUUUUACUCUUAAGAUGAUAAUCAAUAUUUUUUAGAAACAUUUUCUUAAGAAGAUACAAUUUUAGAAGCAAAAUAAAAAUUCUCACAGAAAUUUUCAUUACAUUUAGAUUCUCUUAUUAUUUUAUAUAAAGAUAUAUUAUUAAAGGAUGAUUAACUUAUUCAUCAAUAUAAGGAAAAAUAACUUUGGAUAAGUUAAAUUAUAGGGGUUACUUUUUAAAAGAGGAAUGGUACUGCAUCCUUUUCAAAAAGAUAUUAAAAACAAGUUUCAUUAAAAAGUGUUUUAAAUGAUUUUAUAAAAGAAUAAUCACCCUGUAGAUUUGAAUAUAAUGAAUAAUUAAUUGAUGAAAAUUUUGGAAAUAAAUUACUAAAGGAUAUUUGUCAAGAUUAAUAAUAAAUAAUAUUAAUUUAUGAAUUUGAGUAAAAUUUAAAACUAAUAAAUAAAGAAAAAUAAACAGAAGUAUAUAAAAUAAAAUUUUAUCCAAAAGAAAUUGUUGGUUCUGUCUUUAAUAAAUUAUUGGAUGAUAAAUUCUAAUAUUAUAAUAUGGGUUAAUUAAUAGAUACUUAUAAAUCAUUUGAUGAUAAUAAAAUUAAAAAUAACUCCUAAAUUUAUUAUAAUAAAAUUUAUCAAUUCACUCUAGAUAUUUUAAAUGAUAAAUCAAAUAUUAAGUUUUAAGUUAAUUCAUUGAAUCAUAGAAUUAUAGAUGCUAUAUCUCCAAUAAUCUAGAAGAAAUAUUCUCUUGAUUUUACUGCAUAUCUUAAUAAUCGUUUAAUAAAUUUAGAAUAAAGCUUUAAAUAAGAAAACAUAAAUAAUGAUGCUACUAUUUAAAUCUAAUUACUCAUAUAUUUGACAGUGACUGUACAUGAAAAUGAGCUUAAUAAAAUAUUUUAGGUUGAUCCAAAUGCAAAUAUAGGACAACUUAAUAAAUUAUUAGAUAAUAAAUAAAACAAAAAGUUAUUUAGUUUUACUGAUUAGAUACAAUUAGAAGAUCAUAUUCUAUUAUCUACCUUGAAAAAGAAUAAUAAUAAAGUAGAUUUGGUUUAUAAAGAAGCGACAUCUAUUUCAAAUAGCGUCUAUUAACCCUCAGGAUUAAUAUUAGAUUGUAUAAGUUAAACAUAGAAUAUGAAAACAACAGACAAUUCUACAAUAGAAAUUAUCAUUUAAAAUAUGUUAAAUGAUGAGAAAUUAUAAGAAACUGUUAGAUUAGAUCAAAAAUUAGGAGACUUUUUUCAUAAUUUUCAACUCAAAAUGGAAUUUUCUGACAUCAGUUUAUUUUACGAAGGAGAAAUAGUAGAUUAUGAAAAAACCUUUGAAGAGAUUGGAGCUGGAUCAUAAAGCUUAUUUGAAAUUAUUUGA